AGCUGCUGACUGUUGAACCGUCCUUGUCUGAGUGACAGCCGGGGAAGCCUCCGCCCAGAACCCGCUACAGCCAGGCGGACGGACUCCCUACCGCUUCCACCGGCUACCAGGAGCUGCAGGAAUGACCGACAAUAUCCCCUUACAACCCGUGAGACGACAGAAGCGACACGACAGUAAACACAGAAAUGGGUGCUGCCCGUGGUCGAGAUGCUGUGGCAUGGGCGACUUCCGUCCCCGCACCGUGUGGCUCGGCCACCCAGAAAAGAGGGAGCAGAGGUACCCCAGGAAUGUCAUUAACAACCAGAAGUACAACUUCUUCACCUUCCUGCCUAUGGUGCUGUUCAAUCAGUUCAAGUACUUCUUCAACUUGUACUUUUUGCUUUUGGCCUGCUCUCAAUUUGUCAAUGAGCUACGCUUAGGUGCACUCUACACCUACUGGGUCCCUUUGGGUCUUGUUUUGAUUAUUACCAUCAUGAGAGAGGCCAUUGAAGAAAUAAGAUGCUACCUUCGAGACAAAGAAGUCAACUCUCAGAUUUACAGCAAGCUUUCAACAAGAGGCACAGUGAAGGUUAAAAGCAGCGGUAUUCAAGUUGGAGAUCUUAUAAUCGUGGAAAAGAACCAGCGUGUUCCUGCUGACAUGAUCUUUUUAAGGACCUCUGAAAGAAAUGGCUCCUGUUUCCUGCGGACUGACCAGCUGGAUGGAGAGACAGACUGGAAACUACGCCUCCCAGUGGCCUGCACGCAGAGGCUGCCGACUGCCGCUGAUCUUCUACAAAUCAGAUCAUAUGUGUACGCCGAAGAACCAAAUAUUGAUAUCCAUAAUUUUAUUGGAACUUUCACCAGGGAAGAUGGAGACCCUCCAGUUAAUGAAAGUCUCAGCAUUGAGAACACCCUGUGGGCCAGCACCGUUGUUGCCUCCGGCACAGUGGUGGGGGUUGUGAUUUACACAGGCAGGGAGCUGCGCAGUGUCAUGAACACCUCCAACCCAAGGCACAAGGUGGGUUUGUUUGACUUGGAAGUGAACUGUUUGACUAAGAUCCUGUUCGGGGCCCUGGUGGUGGUGUCACUGGUCAUGGUGGCCCUCCAGCACUUUGCAGGCCGUUGGUAUCUCCAGAUCUUUCGCUUCCUGUUGCUCUUCUCUCACAUUGUGCCCAUUAGUCUGCGUGUCAAUCUGGAUAUGGGAAAGAUGGUUUUCAGCUGGAUGAUUAAGAAAGACUCCAAGAUCCCUGGGACGAUGGUGAGGGCUAGCACCAUACCUGAACAGCUUGGACGCAUCUCUUACCUGCUGACAGACAAAACAGGUACUCUUACUCAAAAUGAAAUGGUGUUCAGGCGGCUCCAUCUUGGAACUGUGGCAUAUGGGAUGGACUCAAUGGAUGAAGUACAGAGCCAUGUGUUCAGUGCCUACACACAGCCCACACAUGACCUUCCAGCCUCCAGGGCUCCAGCAGCCACUAAGGUCCGCAAGACAAUCAGCAGUAGAGUUCACGAGGCUGUGAAGGCCAUUGCCCUGGUGCACAACGUGACACCAGUAUACGAGUCCAACGGUGUGACAGACCAGGCAGAGGCUGAGCAGCAUUAUGAAGACACAUGCAGAGUCUACCAGGCUUCCAGCCCAGAUGAGGUGUCGCUGGUGCAGUGGACUGAGAGUGUUGGUCUGACAUUGGUGGGAAGAGACCAGUCUUCCAUGCAGCUACGGACCCCUACUGGCCAAAUACUGAACUUCACCAUCCUGCAGAUAUUCCCCUUCACCUAUGAGAGCAAGAGGAUGGGCAUCAUAGUGCGAGACGAAUCUACAGGAGAGAUCACUUUCUACAUGAAGGGUGCUGAUGUGGUGAUGGCAGGCAUCGUCCAGUAUAAUGACUGGCUGGAAGAAGAGUGUGGAAACAUGGCGAGGGAAGGCCUCCGGGUCCUUGUGGUCUCCAAGAAGUCCCUGACAGAGGAGCAGUAUCAAGAUUUUGAGGCACGCUACGUCCAGGCCAAGCUCAGCGUCCAUGACCGCUCUCUGAAGGUGGCCACAGUGAUUGAGAGUCUGGAGAUGGAGAUGGAGCUGCUGUGUCUGACUGGGGUGGAGGACCAGCUCCAGACUGAUGUCAGGCCCACCCUAGAGAUCCUCCGUAAUGCAGGCAUCAAGGUUUGGAUGCUGACAGGAGACAAGCUUGAAACGGCCACAUGCACCGCUAAGAACGCCCAUUUGAUCACCCGCAACCAGGACAUCCAUAUCUUCAGACCCGUGACAACACGAGGGGAAGCCCACCUGGAGCUCAACGCUUUCAGAAGAAAACACGACUGUGCGCUGGUGAUAUCUGGGGAUUCACUUGAGGUUUGUCUGAAAUACUAUGAGUAUGAGUUCAUGGAGCUUGCGUGUCAGUGUCCCGCUGUGGUUUGCUGUCGGUGUACCCCCACUCAGAAGGCUCAGAUAGUCCGGCUGCUGCAAGAGCGCACAGGCAAACUCACCUGCGCUGUGGGGGAUGGAGGAAACGAUGUCAGCAUGAUCCAGGAAGCCGACUGUGGCGUGGGAGUGGAGGGAAAAGCUGUCUUCUCCUCUGUUUUCUACUUUGCUUCAGUCCCACUCUACCAAGGAUUUCUGACUAUUGGCUAUUCCACCAUCUACACCAUGUUCCCUGUCUUCUCCCUGGUGUUGGACAAAGAUGUGAAGUCAGAGGUUGCCAUGUUAUACCCAGAAUUGUACAAAGAUCUCUUGAAGGGUCGACCACUAUCUUUCAAGACAUUUCUAAUAUGGGUCUUAAUAAGUAUCUAUCAAGGGAGCAUCAUCAUGUACGGGGCACUGCUGCUCUUCGAGUCAGAGUUCGUCCAUAUCGUUGCCAUUUCCUUCACCUCUCUCAUCCUGACUGAGCUGCUGAUGGUGGCGCUCACCAUUCAAACGUGGCACUGGCUCAUGAUAGUCGGCGAGCUCCUGAGCUUGGCCUGCUACGUCGCCUCACUCGUCUUCCUGCACGAGUUCAUAGACGUAUACUUCAUCACCACAGUAUCAUUCCUGUGGAAGGUGACUGCCAUCACGCUGGUGAGCUGUCUGCCGCUUUACAUCCUCAAGUACCUCCGCAGACGUUUCUCCCCGCCGAGCUACUCCAAGCUGACCUCUUAAAGACUGAGAGGAACCUCCGGCCUCGUAAACGAAAAGGCGUCCGUGUCUUCAUCCAGCAGAGCCCGUGCUUAGACCAGAGAAUCAAACAUUGGAUUCAUCCCCUUUAAUUUGUGAGUUCCACCUGGAAAUGAGUGACAGACAAUUCUGUCAGGGACAGGUCGUUUACUGAGAGAAAGAGUUUGGGUUUAAAAGCAGUGUUUCUUGCUACACGUGUUUGAUGCAAAGACUAACUGAUGAUUUCUGCAGUAAAUUUGAGUUCAUUUAACAGACUUAUUUAUUGUCAGCUGUCGUCUCAGAAUUAUGAAUAAAAAAGAGUCCUGAACAGAAAUGUUCAGGACUCUUAUAUAUAUAUAGGUUUUUUUUUUAUGUCAAAACUCACAUCAAGGAAAGUAACUGGAAAAGUUGGAUGUCUCACUCUUCUGUAGAUGUGUCAUUUGGGCUGGAAACUAAUUUUCUCUAAUUUCCAGUUCUUAAAUAGUAAAGUCAGUUUUAUUGUUAGACACUGAAAUUGACGUAGCAUUCUCACUCAGGACUUGAUUCACACUCUCCUUAAACAUCAAAUUCUAAAUGGAGUUUGAGAAUUAUACGGUUAAAAAAAAAAAAAAAAGUUUACUGGCUAGACUUUGCAUAAAACACACGUCUGCAAGUUUGUGUAUUUGUUUAUGCGUCACCGCGAUGCUACAGCCCUGACACGGCGGAGGUGGUGUGGUUGUUUAUUUUAGCAUGACCCGUGGUGUCUGAUGUUAAAUCUGUCUUUGUCUCUUUGUACGGACCCUGAGUUGUUAGUGUUUGUGGAGCGCGGUGAAAACAGCCACAGAGGAGUGUUGGUUAUUUGCAGCCGAAAACCUUCCGCUGGGGCUCCCAACUGGCUGUGUGUCCACAGGGGAAUGUCGCAGCCUCUCAUGUGGCUGCUCAGCAGGCCAGCACCGGCCACGCUUCAGCAUUGCAUGAUGACUCACUGUAACAGUGACCUAAAGCCAUAACUGAAAAUACCCUGGUGAACGGCGUCCAGCUGCCCCCUUUCAUGUCGUCUAAUCCAGGGCCCCAUCACUUACUACUAACCUCCGCAGUUCAGCUGUGAAAGAAAAAAGGGAUCAAAUCACCUCUCUUCAGUCAGAUACAGUGUGAAUAUUGUCAAUAAGUAUUACUACUGCACAUUGAAAGAAAAAAACUGAUAUGACACUACACUCCUUAUAUUUCAUUUCAUUAGUGGCGUGAAGGUGGAGAUACUGUAAAUAAUUAGCAACUAACAGAAUAACAUGGCCGCACUGUCACUUAUUUCAAAUGAAUUCAAACGUCGUUUCAGUUCAGUUCAGUACUUUUUCUCAUGUGACUCGAUGAAUGUUGAUGUGUCAAACAGAGCAUCCAGGGUGCCAUAAACUAAUCAUUUCAAAAAAUAUGUUUAACUAAACUUUUAAUCCCCGCUGGAUUCAGCAAGCUUUUUGCACAGUUUUGUUUUGUACAACUGAUUGUUAUAUUUUUAUGUUGUAAUAGAAUUGCAAAAACAGAAAUGAUGCUAAAAUGAUUUGGUUGCUUGUAAAUAACCUGUUUUUUUUAUUUAUUAACAUGUUUUAUUUAAUGGUGUUGAUUGCACUCAAAUGAGCAGAACAAAAAGGGAGAAUUGUGUUGAUGUCAAUGUUGUGCUGAUGAUUAAUAAAUCUCAUGUUUUCUUUUCUUGUGCCAUUGUUUCUUCCACUUGACAAUUUAAAAAGGCUUCAUGUCCGGACAGCCUGGGGUUAAUUUAUGCUUUUAUUAUUAUAAAUCUCAGGAAAAGAUCAGAUGUGUGGGGCGCCCGGAUAGCUCACCUGGUAGAGCUGACACCCCCCAAGCACCAAGGCUGAGUCCUUGCUGCAGCAUCCAUGGGUUCAACUGAUAUAUGGCCCUUUGCUGUGUGUCAUCUGCUCUCUCUCUCUCCCCUUUCCUGUCACUCUUUAACUGUCACUGUUGAUUAAAAGCAAAAAAAUAUA